GAAGCUGAUAAUAUACGAUUUGAACGAGUACAUCGUAUACCCCUAGGGCCAAAAUCAAAAUAUAAAUUCACAAGAACGCUGACAGCCAAAUUCCUUUGGUACCAAGACAGGGAAAACGUCUGGAAGCAGCGAUUUAAACUUAAAAACCACAAAGGGGUUUUCAUGUCCGAUAGCCUUCCUGCAGAAGCCGAACGAAACAGACAAAUCCUGCUUCCUAUCUUUAAAAAGGCGAAAUCGUUAAAUCGAAAGUGUACCUUGUAUGCAGACACGCUUUCUCUAGACGGAGUACGCUACAAAGUGCGCGAUUUACACAAACUACCAAGCGACCUUCUUCCACUUCAAAGCACAGUCAGAACCGAAGGUGAUAUCUCCCUCUACAAUGAUCAAGUCUCCCCCCUGGGAGCUACACAUGAAUGUGUCUUCAACGAGAAGGGAGUAACCUACAAUAGUUUAGCCCAAUAUAUCAGUGCUUCAAAAGCAAAAUACCUGGAUGAUCCGAAUGCAGUGGAUGUCAUAAUGAUGAUAAAAAACCAAAAGAUGUGCCAUCAUAUGUCAAACCUAACAGCCACCCCCACAAAACUCAACAGCUGGAACAAGAAUCUCGAAGAUGUGCUCAAAAAGGGUAAUUACUUAAAAUUCAGCCAAAACCCAUACCUCAAAGCAAUACUUAAAUCAACUGGAACCAAAACUCUAGGUGAAUGCAACCCACAUAAUGAGCUAACUGGAACUGGUUUCAAACUAAGUGACAAAGACGCCUUUAACCCCAAUAAAUGGAAGGGUAGAAACUUUGG